AUGCAGAAGCGUCAAAACCAGGCUGAAUUAUCAAUAUGUUACGCCGUCUUCAGACAAAAGACCAGGGAUCGAUCGGGCACUAUCCUAUUCGACAUCGCCGACCGCCAAAUGAGGUUACAUUUCUGGCGCGCCACGUGCACGCAGCGGAUCGCCCGGACGUGGGAUUCAGCUCUGCAUCUGCCACGUUCCAGGAGAGAUAGACCAGGUGAGCCACUUCGACGCACCGCAGCGUCCACGUUCGAUAUCAUUGUGAUGGUUGAUAGGCACAAGCGCGGGUGCCGUUCCCACACAUCCUCUCAGGCGAAAGGGAACGUCACCCCGGGCGACGCCGUACGCCAAGUACGGCAGAAUCCAAGAAGGCUGGCUCACAGGGGAGAGGGGGGUCAGUCGAUUGGCUGA